AUGAGCGCCGGCCGUGAAAUUGCCUGGACCAAUAAGCAAUUCGCCAUGCUCCGCAAGAAUCCAAAGUAUUCCGACCUGGAGAUUCGGUGUGACGGCCGUAUCUUCAAACUGCACCGUGCCAUUGUCUGCACCAUGUCGAAAACCUUGACCAAAGAAUGCGAUGGACAGUUCAGGGAAGCCAAGAGUGGCAUUAUCGAUCAUACAACCUUCUGCGCAGAGACUCUGGAUAUGAUGCUGCAAUUCAUGUAUACCCAUACCUAUACUCUUCCGGUUGCUGGUACGGACACCGCCACCACCGCCACCACCACUUCUGUCGACGUCGAACACGGUGUUCAGUCGAGUAACAAUACUACCGCCGGAGAUGCCGCAGCCGCCGAAGGUACGGGCACCACCACCACCACCUCUAUCGACGUCGAACAUGGUGUCCAGUCGAGUAACAGCACUACCGCCGGAGAUGCCGCAGCCGCCGAAGGUACGGGCACCACUACCGCCACCUCUUUCGACGUCGAACAUGGUGUUCAGUCGAGUAACAAUACUACCGCCGGAGAUGCCGCAGCCGCCGAAGGUGCGGGCACCACCACCACCACCUCUAUCGACGUCGAACAUGGUGUCCAGUCAAGCGACAGCACUACCGCCGGAGAUGCCGCAGCCACCGAAGGUACGGGCAUCACCACCACCACCUCUAUCGACGUCGAACAUGGUGUCCAGUCAAGCAACAGCACUACCGCCGGAGAUGCCGCAGCCGCCGAAGCCACCGCAGCCGCCGAAGCCACCGCAGCUGCCGAAGCCACCGCAGCCUCCGAAGAUGCUGAUGGUCCCAGCAAGAAGGAAACAGCUUCCCAGCCGGCUGAACUUUCGCUGGACCCCAAGACCAGCCUCGUCUUGGCCCACAUCGAUGUGUACGCGAUCGGCGACUACUACGAUGUGCCACCUCUGAGAACCCUCGCCCACCAGAAUAUCAUGAAUUGUCUAAGCAAAGUUGAGCACGCUGAGUUCAUACACCUGGUGCUGGCUACCUGGAAGAGCACAGCAGCACGCAAGGACUGCCUACGUCAGAGCAUUAUCCGAGAGACUGUAGCACGUGCCAAAUUCCUCUUCCAGGACAAGCACUUCAUGACUGCUAUAUCAGAGGGUAAGGAGCUUUGCCACUUCGUAGCUGACGUUUUGCCUGUAUUACAAAAGACUGCAGAAUCUUCCGAAGCUACAAAGCGGGCUAAAAUCGAGUCUCUUGAAGACGUGCUUGGGCCACUGAAGGAGGAGGCGAAAGCUGCUACUCAGCUGAUUGAAAGCCUCAGAGCAACGAUAGCAUCCAGAGACAGGGCCCGACUGGAAAUGUUGCACGUUGCCCUACAUACAGUCAACUGCCAUAAUUGCGGCAACUAUUUUGGGGGUUAUAUUGCAGCAGACAGGCCUCCGCCUGAUGAUCGCCACUGCUUCCUGUACUGUCGAAAUUGCAGGCACAGGCACGAUAUCUGA